AUGUCAGGACCAAGGCCUGUGGUGCUAAGUGGACCUUCUGGAGCUGGGAAGAGCACUCUGCUGAAGAGACUCCUCAGGGACUAUGAGGGCGUCUUUGGAUUUACUGUUUCACAUACAACGAGAAGUCCACGACUUGGAGAGGAAGAUGGCAAAGAUUACCAUUUUGUGACCAAGGAGACGAUGCAGCAGGGAAUCGACAAUGGCGAUUUUAUAGAGAAUGCAGAGUUCUCAGGAAACAUGUACGGAACAAGCACAUCUGCAGUUGAAGAUGUUCAGUCCCAGAACCUUAUAUGCAUUUUGGAUGUUGAUAUACAAGGUGUGAAGAAUAUUAAGAAGACUGACCUCAACCCUAUCUAUGUCUCCAUCCAGCCUCCAUCUAUGGAGAUCCUUGAAAAGCGUCUCAGAGACAGACACACAGAAACAGAAGAAAGUCUACAGAAGCGUUUGGAAGCCGCUCGGAUUGACAUGGAACUCAGUAAGGAACCAGGAAUAUUUGAUGUAAUCAUCAUUAAUAAUGAUUUAGACGAAGCGUAUGAGAAGCUGAAGGAGGUUCUUUUUGAGGAAAUAACAAAAGUGCAACAAUCCAAGAAGUCAUAA